AAGCUUGGCAUGAUGGGAUUUAAACAUCUGACGCCAUCUUGGUUAGGCGGUUGUUGUACAAUAUAAAGACGUUUGUGCUAAGUAGUGGGUUAAAGUUCAGUUUCAUACUUGAUGGAUAUUAUUUUACGAGUGAUACACACGUAAGGAGCCGUGAGGGUUUUGAAUCCCUUUCAAAACGGCACGGAAAACGGCUCGAUACAGAUAAUAUUGGCUGUGCAACCCUCCGAAGUAAAACAUGGCGUGCUGCCUGUCGGAAGAGGCGAAGGAGCAAAAGAGAAUAAAUCAAGAAAUUGAAAGACAACUUCGGAGGGAUAAACGUGAUGCUAGGCGUGAACUUAAGCUACUAUUAUUGGGUACAGGAGAGUCGGGCAAGUCAACGUUCAUCAAACAGAUGAGGAUCAUCCAUGGGUCAGGGUACUCAGAUGAAGACAAGCGUGGUUUCAUCAAACUCGUUUAUCAGAAUAUCUUCAUGGCAAUGCAAAGUAUGAUCAGAGCAAUGGAUUUACUUAAGAUACAGUAUGCAGAAUCUUCAAACAUAGAUAAGGCAGAACUUAUCCGCACUGUGGACUAUGAAACGGUAACGACGUUCGACAGUCCGUACGUAGAAGCGAUCAAGGAUCUCUGGUCAGAUGCGGGUAUCCAAGAGUGCUAUGACAGAAGACGUGAAUACCAGCUCACCGACUCUGCCAAAUACUACUUGAGUGAUAUCGAGCGAAUUGAGAAGACAGAGUACCUCCCAACCGAGCAGGACAUACUCAGGGCUCGGGCGCCCACCACAGGCAUUUUAGAGUACCCUUUUGAUUUGGACUCCAUCAUAUUUAGGAUGGUGGAUGUAGGAGGGCAGCGUUCAGAAAGACGAAAGUGGAUCCACUGUUUUGAAAACGUCACCUCCAUAAUUUUUUUAGUUGCUUUAAGUGAAUAUGAUCAGAUUCUCUUUGAAUCUGAAAAUGAGAAUCGAAUGGAGGAAAGCAAGGCCUUAUUCAAAACCAUUAUCACAUAUCCGUGGUUCCAGCAUUCAUCUGUAAUUCUUUUUCUCAACAAGAAGGAUCUCCUUGAAGAGAAGAUCAUGUACUCUCAUCUGGUGGACUACUUCCCAGAAUAUGAUGGCCCCCAGAGGGAUGCAAUUGCAGCUCGUGAAUUUAUCCUGAGGAUGUUUGUGGAUCUGAACCCUGACAGCGAGAAAAUCAUCUACUCGCACUUUACCUGCGCAACAGGAAUUCUGAAGAAUGCACCAGAACCUGAAGUGCCAAAAGACGAUUUUGAUUUGAGAAGUCGUGUAGCUGUAGAAGAAAGAAAUGAUACAGAGGAUGUCGUGAUGGAAGACGGAAAGGAUACAGACAGUGAUGAUUCUGAACCAUUACCUCAGCCGACCAAAACAGUCGUGUCUAAUCAAGAGGAGGCUCUUCCGGAGGGUUUCUUUGAUGACCCCCUACUGGAUGCCAAGGCACGCAAUGUGGAAUACAAAGAUCCGAUUGAAGAAGAAUGGGAGAAAUUUCAGAAAGAGAUGAAGGAGGAGAACACAGUUUCUGCACAAAUCAUUGCUGAGGAUCAGGAAGAAGCAACAGCAGAGAGACAAAUUGACGAGAUUGACGAACAGAUGCGGAAUUGGUCCAGAGUGUUGGACCUGGAACUUAAGAAAGAAGCAGUAGUAAAAGGUGUGUGUAGUAGGAACAGUGCUUCUGCUGCCGAAGAUGAUGGCGAAACAUCUAGCGCAGAUGAAGCUGAAUUUGACGAGUAUCUAGACUGGAGAGCCAAGAAGUCAUACAAGUAGUAAUUGAAUAAAAGCCGUACCCUACAACAAAAUAAAUUCCUCGUACGAUCGCGUUGUAUUUAAAUAGCUCAAGAUGCCUGUUUCGGAUCAUAUUUAUUUUAACGUGAAGUUUAUAUUAAAAUACUGUGGGCUGCACGGUUAAUAAAAAUGAAUUCUCAUCUUUUUAUCGUGGAAUGUAUAUUUGAAAACAUUAGUUACUUGUGUUAUACCUAGAUGAAAAUUGUUCUAGGAAGUGUUACGUAUGAUAUUGGGCAUUCUUGAAAGUUAUGUUAAUUAUGUGAAAAAGAGAAGUGUAAGUUAAUGUCAGUACUUUUGCAAAUCAAGUAAUUUGUAAUAAAAGUGCACAUACAUUCUUACUCUUGGUUCUGUAUGCAGUAACUGGGUCCUAGACUACAGUUAUCAAUACAAAGUUGUAAUUAUUCUGGUAUUUUCAUACAGUGUUCAGUCAGGCAAAUAAAAUGAUAUUGAUCCUUAUUAUUA